AUGAGUGUCAAAACUGAGUUGGAACUCAUUAAUUCCCGAAUCGAUAGUAUCAGUAGUCUCAAAUUUUCUCCGAAAAUAACUGUUUUGAAUCUACAUCACAAUCGUAUUUCGGAGAUUAAUGGACUCACAAAAGCGACUAUGUUGCGUUAUUUAGAUUUAUCUUCCAAUUAUAUUACCAAAAUACAUGGACUAGACAGUUUACAGCAUCUAAGAAUUUUGAACUUAUCGUCGAAUAAAAUUCGGGCCAUUGAUUCUUUGGAAAAAUUAAAUUGUUUGGUCCGUUUAGAUGUUUCUUUCAAUGAAAUAACUAGCCUAGUUGGUUUAAAAAAGCUAUCUGGUCCAAGUUAUAGUUUGACCGUCAUUAUAUUGCAAGGAAAUCAAAUCAAUUCUAAGUCACAUAUUUUGGAGUGCUCAAAAAACCUAGUUAAUUUGCGCCAACUAAUUUUGCACAAUCCACAAACAGGAGAUAGUAAUCCUGUUUGUAACGAACCAGAUUAUCGUUUGGAUUUACUUCGGGGACUUCCUCAGUUGGAGAUAUUAGAUCAUAUUGAUAGAAUGGGUCAUUCAACUCAAAUUGAUGUUUUAGCCGAUUUGCCAGAAUUGAAUGAAUUUCUCGAUAUGAUUCCUAUAUCUGAUCUGUCAGGAUCUGAUUAUUUGCAUGACAGAAAAGACAAGAAACCAGACUAUAAUCAAGAUGAAAUGAACUUGUCAAAAAAUUCAAACAAUGAAGAAAUUAAAAAUAUAAAUUCAGUUACCUCUGAACAAAAUGAACAACAUAUUCCUGCAUUACCUUCAACAACUGAACUUCGUUUAUUGAAUUUAGAAAGUCAAUUGAAUUCAUUGAUUAGUUCUCAUUUAUUGCGAACUUGUCAAACUGAACAUCAUCCUACUAGUCAUCAUCAUCAUCAUAAUAAUAAUGCUGCACUCCAGCCAUCAAUUGAAGAAAACACUAAAAAACUAAGUGAUACUCUACCCAUUAGAAAUGAAAUCAAUUCAUCGGGAAUGAAUGAUACACUUGAAAAUUUACACAAUGAUUCAUGUCAGUGUAUGUCUGAAAAAGAAAUGUGCAAUGAGAAACUUCAAACUGAAGCAAACCCACAGCCGAACGAUUUAAUGGUACAAUCGACAAUUGCAAUUGAUCAACAUGAAGCAUUAAAAGUCACAGAAGAAUUGAAACAAGCAUUUACAACAGAACAUCAAGAAAAAUUACUAGUACAAUCUCAAUUGAAAAUAAUCGAACAAAAAUUUAAUGAUAUUUGUCAAGUUGUUGAUCAUUUACGUGUUCAAGAAGAUUCAGAGAAACAACGUUAUGAACAAGAGAUUAAAAAUUUAAACAAACUCUUAAAUGAAAUACGCACUGAACAUAAAAAUGCAUUGUUAAGAGCAGAAAAAGCUGAACAGAAAUUAAACAAAACUGAGAAACUAUUACGUAACCGUGAAAUGGAGUACGAACACGAAUUGAAUAAUCGUUAUAAAUUGGAUAGUUCAGUAUUGACUAAGUUUAUAUCAGCAAAAAUUGAUUUGGAGCAAGCACAUUAUCAAAAAGAUAUUGAUUUACUUCAAGCAAAAUUAAUCGAUAGCACUAAACGUUACACAGCUCUUGAGAAUGAAUUUCGAAUGGCAUUAAAAAUUGAAGCAGAACGAUAUGAAACGUUACUUAAAACAUCAGAGUUAUGUAAAAAUGAAUUGAUCAAUGCACAGUUACAAUUAAAGGAAAUGAAAGAACGUGAAGAAUCUGCACGUUGUUUAAUUCAAGAAUUGAAUACGAUGGUUAAUGAACAAAAAUCUAAGUUAACAAAUCAACAAAAAGCUCACCUUUUAUUACAACACAAUUUAAAGGAACGUAUUGCAACCUUGGAAAUGCAUUUAGAAGAAGCACAAACAAGAAUUAGAAAUCAUGAAAAUUUAAGAAAGGAAUUAAAACAACAGAAAGCUGAAAUGACAGCUCAAGAAUCAAUUAUUGCUGGAUUGAAAGCUGAACGACGUAAUUGGAGUGAAGAAUUAGCUAAACAAGGAUCAGCUUUGGCCCAGGAUCGUGGACGAUUGGAGGCUAAAAUUGAAGCUCAAGAAUUAGAAAUAGCUAGUCUCAAAAAAUCACUUGAAAAUGAAACUGAUUCUGUGAAAAUCAAAAACAAAAUAAUUGAUGAUCAAACUGAGACAAUAUCGGAUUUGAAAAAGUGUAUUCAAGGGAAUCAAGCUGAAAUAAAAAGAUUACAAAAUGAAAAUACACAAAAUCAUCAUUCUUUAGACAGUCAGUUAAAAGAGAAAAUUCAAGAAAAUACAGAAAUGCAUGAUGAAAUAAAACAUCUUAUUAAACGCAAAGAAGAUUUGAAACUACUGGUAACUGAAUUACAAUCAAAAAUAGAUGAAUUACAAACGCAAAAUGACUCUAUGACACAACGUUGGCGUGAUCGUGCAAGUUUAAUCGAUAAAUUAGAAAAACAAGUGGAACAAAUGCGUUGUAAUUGGGAUAAAGAACGACAACACUUAAUAGAUGAACGAGAUACUGCACGAAAAGAAAUUAAUGAAUUACAUUCACAAAUGCAAAUGAUAGACGAGAGAUAUCGUCAACAACUAUCAGCUACUGAGGAAAUGAAAGAUUUGACAGUGAAUCGUGUAAAAAACGAAGCAGAACAAUUACGUAUCGCUUGUGAAACACGUGUAGCUGAAGUCGAGUCAGAGAUGCGCGCAGUUCUUUUGGAAGCAGAAAAUUCAAGAAAAGCCACACAAGAAAGACUGAGAUGUAUUUCAACUGCUUUAUGUGCUCCAAUCUUACUAAAUGACAAAAUUCACUGUUUUAACACACCUAACUGAUAAUCAGUCAAAUAUUGGAGAAAAUAAUUCAAAAUGACUUGCAUUACAUAGAUCUUCAGCUUUAAAAAAAAAAGGGCUGGACUAACUAUAAUUAGCAUGAUGAACAAGUACUUCGAAGUUGAUUUUUUGAUUAACUAUGAUUUUGUUGUACAAUUUAUCUUCUGCUACCUUCAAACUACACUGUCCAUCCCGGGUGUAAUUAACUAACGAAUGACCAAAAGUUUACACAGAGACACUAAGUUUAUUUAUUAUAAAAGUUUAUGUGAUGAAGACCUUUUUUAUAUCGAAAAACUCACUGGUUGAGGGAACACUAAAAUAAGGAUUAGUUAACGGAAAUUCCAUAAUGGUUUACAGUUUUAGCUCACUUUCGUAGUCAAAAUUACGACUCUUAACAUCUUGA